AUGGAGUCCCAGACAUCGUAUAUUGACACAACAAAACGGCUCGUGAAAGAGCUGAAUAAUUACAGAAAGAAUGGGAAUGAAUCACUCCUGUACCUGAGGCCGAUCAAUGAUGAGGACCUGCUACACUGGGAAACUGUAUUGAAGGGCCCCAAUGGAACACCAUACGAGGGUGGACUUUGGCAUCUUGAUAUUACAAUUCCCCCGAACUAUCCUCACGCACCGCCAAAAAUCCGCUUCACGACUAAGAUUGCGCAUCCAAAUAUCGAGUUCCAAACGGGCAAGAUCUGCUUGUCGCUCUUAGAUUCAGAAUGGAGUCCGGCUGGGUCUGGGGGUCUCUCCGGCACACUCACGACUAUCCAGCAGUUGUUGACGGACCCGAAUCCGGACUCGCCGCUGAAUCCUGAUAUCGCGGUUCUACUGCGCAACGGGGACUUCGCUGCUUGGGAGAGUGUUGUCCGGUACUGGACUGAAACGGAGCGGUGGGAGGAAGGUCGGAAUGCUGGACGGUGA